GAAAUUACCGUGUUUAUUUCCGGUGAUAUUGAUAGGCCUUAAUAUUAAUCUUCGUUUUCGUCGUUUUUAAUCUUACCCAAAUUGUAAUUUUAUAGGCCAACAACCUAAUCUGUAUUCCACGUUACAGGAGGAUGCCGCGAGUACACAUAAGACCAUUGUGAAUCUUUUGUACUUACUUUCAACGAUGGUACCCGGAGAGGUUAUUUUGGCUGAGGGAUCAUCUAGUGUUGAUGAUCCAAAGGUUUUAUGCCUUAUCAAAGAUGUCACAAGUUCUUCGUUACCUAGAUGGAAUAUCAGUCUACCAGGCACAACUUCAGCAAGAGAUCUUUACAAGGAGGUAGCAAACCAAGUUAACUACGAGCUUAAUUCUUUUUCUCUUGUCUGGCUUCCAAUGGGAGAUGAUGCCAGUGGUGUAGAUAUAUUUGAUUGUGGAAAUAAAUCUUUGAUGGACAUUGGUUUAAAACCAGAUAAGAAGCGAAAUACUCUCCAAAUUCAAGACAAGGACGGUAUACAGCCGGUACUUGUCGGUGCUGUAGGGACAUCAGCCACGGAGCAUGAGAUGGCACCAAUAAUAAAUGUAGAUGACCCAAGUCCUGUGACUUCACCUAUAUCGGACCAAGCCAGUGGUUCCAGCAGCAUGAACCCAACAUAUGAUUAUUCCUAUGCUUUGCCAGUUAUCAAUAAAUCAGACACAGGUUUUGUUGGUUUGGUAAAUCAAGCAAUGACCUGUUACCUGAAUAGUCUUCUGCAGACCCUGUUCAUGACACCUGAGUUUAGGAAUGCUGUGUAUAGAUGGAAGUAUGAUGGUCGCGAUGAGUCAUCAUCUUCAAACAUCCUAUAUCAACUGCAAAGGUUGUUCUCAGUCAUGCAGACAAGUAAAAAAAGAGCUGUAGAGACUAUGGACAUUACAAGAAGCUUUGGUUGGGAUAGCUCAGAAGUUUGGCAGCAGCAUGAUGUACAGGAGCUGUGUAGAGUGAUGUUUGAUGCUUUGGAGAAAACGUGGAAGAAAACAGACCAACACAACCUUAUUAAUGACCUUUAUCAAGGUCAAAUGAAGGAUUAUGUGAAAUGCUUGGAGUGUGGAUAUGAGAGUGCUAGAACCGAUACUUACCUGGAUGUUCCUCUUGUUAUAAGGCCAUUUGGAUCUGAUGAGUCUUACAGUAGUGUUGAAGAGGCAUUGAAGGCAUUUGUUUCUCCUGAAACCUUGAAUGACACCAACCAGUAUUUUUGUGAGAGAUGUAACAAAAAGAAUGACGCUCACAAGGGGUUAAAGUUCAUCUCAUUUCCGUACCUUCUCACAAUGCAGCUAAAAAGAUUUGACUUUGAUUAUACUACUAUGCACAGGAUUAAGCUGAACGACAAAAUGACCUUUCCAGAUAUCUUAGAUCUGAAUAGUUUCAUAGAUGAGGAUGAAAGGACACCUGAUAUGGAAAAUCAAGCUACUGAAGAAGGUACUCGGUGUGUCCCCAACAACAAAGAUGAUUAUGAAAAGAACUCUGAAGCAGACGAAUCGGAAAAAUUAAAUGAGGCAGCAUCAAUGGUUGCAACAAACAAUAAAAAUGAAAGAGAAAGAGAAAAUAAAGGACCGUACAUUUACGAACUGUUCUCCAUCAUGGUGCAUUCUGGGAGUGCAGCCGGAGGCCACUACUAUGCAUAUAUCAAAUCAUUUACGGAUGGACUUUGGUACUGUUUCAACGACCAACAUGUGACACGGAUAACGUACGAUGACAUCCGUAAAACCUAUGGUGGCUCUGUUUCAGGCUAUAGAGGCUGCUAUUCAUCAGCAUAUUCUAGUUCAACAAAUGCUUACAUGUUAAUGUAUCGGCAAAUUGAUUCAAAACGAAAUAAAACAUUUGUAUCAGUGGAGGAUUUUCCCGAUCACUUAGUAAAUGUAGUUGAAGAGAUGAAGCAGGUUGAAGAGUCUGAAAAGAAGCAACGAGAAGCAGAGAAGAAUACCUGUAAGAUAAAGUUAUUUGGACUUCACCCAGAGACAAACAAACUGCUAGAUGCUAAGCUUGAGAUCCAUAAGGAUAAGACACUGUUGGAGGCAACUGAAGUUGCUCAUAAGCUCUUAGGAUUUGAAGAUGUUGUACCAGUUACCCAAUGUAGGCUAGUGAAGUAUGAUGAAUAUAACGAUGCUCUUGAAAAAUCAUACGAAGGAGAAGAGAAGUCAGCGAUGGGUGAAUUACUCGGAGGAGUUAAGUCACAAUACCUAUUUGAUCUCUUUCUCGAGACACGCAAGGAAAAUGAAGAAUUUCAGGUGUACAAAUAUGGAGGUGUUACUCUUAGAGUGUCGGUGAUUGAUCUUGAGAAGGAAGUGAUAUGUAACCCAAUCACCAUCAGGGCUUAUUUGAAUAUGACAGUUCAGGACCUUAGGAGUAUCAUUGCCACAAAAACAGGUCUUCCUCAGGAAGGUAUGCGAAUGGUAUUGGAGAAGUACUACAAUGAUCUGAGAUUGCUAGCUGUUCCUAGUAAAACUUUACAAUUAGAAGGCUUUGCCAAGAGUAAUAAGGUUUAUGUAGAAUGCUGUGAUACAGAAGACUCGAAGCUUUCAUUUCCAGAAUCAAAGUUACAUCAAAUACUUGAUCGUCAUGCCAACACAAUACGACUGUUUGUCACGCUUCCAGCUCUGCAACCAAAAUUGAAAAGAAUAUCAAACAAUUUGGAUAAUCAAUUAAAUGCAAUAGUCGAAUCAUUAGGAAAUCUUAAAAUUAAUAAUAAGGAUGGUAAAACUGACAUGAUUCCAAAUCAUGACCGAAACACUAUAGAGUCUAAAAAAUCACCAGCAACUACAGACAGACAAACUGAAACUGCUACGAUAAGUGAAAAUGAGACUGCUUCAGACAAAGAGGCCACCGUAGUUGGUGCCUCAAAAAACAAUGGUACUACUGAAUUAUCUAAUACAUUAACUGAAAGUGGUAGUACUGGUAAUAGUGAGACAUUAAAAUGCGACAGUGAAAACACAAAUACAAUUCCCACCAACCAUGAUUCUAGUGGAAUUAAUACCAAUGCAUCGCCGUUAGCCGCUGCUUCAGAUACAUGUCUUAUGAACACCAGUCAUGUAAACCAGGAAACACAAACGGAGAAGGAUGACAGCUUGUCAGAAAAAGAAUUUAAAGAGGAAUCUGAUAAUGUAAGGAACUGUGCAAACAUGGAUACAGAAGAGGAAUGUAUAGGAUCUCAAGAAAAUCAAAAGAAAUGGUAUUUUAACCCUGGACACUGUUCAGACCCAGUAACAGAAAGUCGAGUCAUAGAUGUCCAGGUAGAUAAGAGGAUAACUUUGAAAGCAUUCAAACUUUGUCUGGAGCAAUUUGUUGGUGUUUCAUCUCAAGAAUUUAAGAUUUAUAGAGUAUAUGCUAAUAAUCAAGAGUUUGAAAUAGUGAGGUUAACAGACACUCUCCAAUCCCAUAGUGACGAAGGCAAGGUAUCAGUUAAACUUGGAAGAGCUUUAAAAAAAGGAGAAUGCAGAGUCAAAGUCUUCCUUCUCUCUCCUAACAGUGCAGAACCUUGCAAGUUCUUAUUUGAUUGGGUCCUGGCAAAAGGGCAAACUGUGAGGUCAUCCAAAUUGGAACUACUGGAUGAACUCAAGCAGUCCUGUAAUAUAGACAUUCCACUGAAUAGGUUGCGAUUACGGAAGAAAAGCUGGAAGAACCCUGCUGCAGUCUAUGUCGACAAUCAAGUCUACGAUGAAGACAUCCCGAUUUUUAGCAACUGGGAAUUGUUCAUUGAAAUUUUGCAAAAACCAGAAGAAGUUGAGUCAUCCGGACAACUUGUUUUAUUUGUGAGGAGAUGGCUUCCUUCGCAAUUCAGGCUGGAGCCAUUUCAGGAAGUCAUUUUGGAUGAUUGUACAGUUGUUGAGCUGAGGAAGCGGGUUAGUGAUGUCAGUGGUUUACCAGCUGAUUGCAUAGACUUUGCAAAAGGACGUGGUGCUUUCCCAUCGGAGAUUUCACUCCUGGAGAUGCAGACAGACCUGGAGUGGAAUCCACAAGUAACAACUCUUAAUUCCUGGCCACUUUACAUUACAGAUGAUGGUGCUGUUAUCUACUACAGGGACAGUAGAGAAGAACUAACUGAUCUAACAGAAGAACAGAAGAAGGAAAUUCAGAAAAAGGAAAAUGCUCGGCUUACUAAAACAGGACAGAAAAUUGUGUACUCUCCCCGCAAAGAAAGAGCUUUAAAAAUCUACACUGAUAUUCCCUCAUCACCAUGAGUAUAGACCGAAGAAUUGAAAGCAAAUUUUUUUUUAAACUUGACCCCUGAUGAAUUGGACGUAGCAGUCACUAUAUCCUUGCUAGAAUUUGUUGUUUUCAGUAGGGGAAAUGAUGCUGACAUGGCCCUAUUUACCCCUUCACUGAUCCCCUGUAAUAUUACAUCAAGACAAUUAAAAGAAAAUGAUUUCCAGGGGUCAGAAGAUGUCAUUGAGCAGUCUAGUUUGAUAAGAACUGUUUUGCACACAAUGGUGGGGUGACAUUUUCGCAAUAGUCAAGAAGCUAUACAAUGUGUAUACAGUAUUUUAAGUAUUUUUCUCUGCACUCUACUAAACACUGACUGGUGGUGUUGUAGAAUAAAUUCUGUAACUUGUAUCAUUUGAUUGUAAGCAUAAGAUCUGUUUACUCAUUCAUACUUUUAGGUAUUACAGUAAUUAUUUGUGGUGCUUCUUUAAAUGUUUAUAUCAAUUUUUUCCAAUCAUGGAAGCGCAACCUAUUUAGUUACAUGAUAAUAUGAUUAAUGCAAUUAUUAUUUUUUUAUUAUAUUCUACAAAUGAAUGCCGAUAAAAAUAAUCAUGAUUAGUAAUUAAGAACAAUGACUAUUAUAUACAUUUUUAGACCUAUAUAUAUAUCAUCUUAACAACAACCAACAAAAUUUCCAAAACUCUUGACAUUAUAGUGACAUUGGAACACAUUAAAUAAUUAUUUAUAUGCGUUAUUUGGCCUUAAUUCAGCUUGCUUCACCCUCCCUUAUGAUUUCUUCCUCUUUCUUAUGAUUGGCUUCCUUCCCCUAUAAUAUAGUUGCUUCCAUUUAUGUUUGAUUGAUUUCUCUUUUAUGUUUGCUUCUCCUCUAUUUGCUUCUCUUUCUUUAUAGUUUCCUCCCUCCCCUAUAGUAGCUUCUCCUUCCUUAAUAUUGCACCCCCUCCCUUAUGUUUUUCUCUCCUUUUAAAAUUGCUUCUUCUUCUGCCCUUUCCUGUUGUGGUUGCUUCUCACUCUCUUAUUGAUGCUUUUACUUAUUGUUACUAUUCUCUUAUGAUUUCCUUCCCCUGAUAUAUGCGGUUGAUUAUUCCCCUCCCUAUUAUAUCCAACUUUUUGUCCAGUGGUUAUUGCUAUUUCAGUCAUGAAGAGUUAUUAUGUCUAUAACAAACAUUAAUACAAUCAUGUUUGAAAACAAUUACAUGGACAGUUUUACAGAUGCCAAUUAAAGUUAAAAAAAGAAAGAAAUAGCUCUCUGGAUAUCAAGUGGGGUAUUUUUUGGAAUCAUAAGGACCAUGUUGUAAGGGAGACUGAGGGAAAGACAAGGACAUAAGGCUGUUGAGUACUGGUAGCUUGGGCAGGGAAGUAAUGAAAAGAAUAACAACACAUUUCAAUGUACAAUCAACAUGUAUUGAUUAUAGACUGAUGUCCUAUAGCUCUCCACCGAUUUUUAAUUGAGUCCUAUCAUUGUUUUAUUCCCCUUUUUUACAUCACUGUAUAAAUUCAGUUCUAAACAACUAUUUAUUUAGAGCAAUUCUUUAAUGAAACUGAACAUCUUUGAACAUCAUUUACCAACAUUUAUAUUUGUAUAUUUUAACAGCAUUCUUUAUUUUUCACUUUUAAGAUGUUAUAAAUAUAAAUAUCUAAAGUCAUUUACAAAUGUGCAAAACAGCUUCAAAAACUGGUGAUUUAGAUGUGAGUUUUUUUCAAGAAAUGAAAUUGCCAAAGAGGUUUCAACAUGAUCUGAUCUGAAGUGUAGUAGCAUAUAGGGUAGACAUCUAUAAAUAUGCUUAAUGUAUUAAAAUACCUAAUGCCGAAUGUACUGUCGUAACACUCACUUUCAAAGCAAUCUAGGUAUAAUAUUGCAUGUUAAUCAACUUUAAUCAGAUAAUCAGUCAUUAGGAAUUUCUGUGAACCAAACUGAAUGUGAUAUUCCAAUCCUCUUUGAUCUCAGUUCUUUAUUUGCUCUCAUUUAAUAAAUUUCUUUUCAACUUGUGAUAAGAUUAGUUGUUGUCGAUGUUGUACCAUGGACCAUUCGUAUCAGGAAAUGUAUGAUUAGCAUGUACCAACCAAUGUCAUAUUAAUAUCAUGUAUCAUUCUUACAAUGAUAUUAUGAACCACGUGAAUACUAUGUAUGGUGUACCAUCCAUACUAUUGAGCAUUUAUUCUAUGAUGAAUAUGGAUUUGUACCUGCGCCAUCAACAAUUCAUAUCAUUGGCCUUAUAUGAUACCAUGUAUUGUGUACCAGCCAUAUCAUGGAUCAUUCAUAUCAUGUAAUGGUCCAUUUGAAUAUUUGUACCAUUUGUACCAUGAACCGUUCAUUUUAUGAAUACCAUCAACAACUGUCCAUAUUAUUCAUAUAGUCCAUAUGAAUGUCAUGUUCAAUCUUCACAAUGAAUCAUUCUUAUGGUCCUUAAGAAUGGAUCAUAUUAUGGUUAUCAUGCACCAUAUACCAUUUAGUGUCAUCAACCAUAUCAAUACAAUGUACAGUGUACUGUAUACCUAUCUGUACCAUUCAUAUUAUUGACUAUAAUUAUGAACAGCAAGCUCCAUCUGUACCUUGAGCCAUUCAUGGCAUUGAUGAGUCACUCAUUGGCCAUUCAUAUAAAAUGAGCCAAGUUUACAAAAGGUGACAAUUUGUAUCCAUGUACUAAUGGGUUUGUUUUGCACCAUCUGUACCAUGAACCACUUAGUACCAUUUGUACCUUCGUUGGUAUGGUACCGUCCAUUACAUAAUGUACUAUUCACCGUAUAUGGCCAUGGACUACUUGGGCUGGACUGUUUGCCAAUUAUAGAGAGUAGUUGUUAUAAUGACAUAAGUUUUGGCCCCUAUACUAAAUUGUGUCCGCGAUGAAAUAACCAUCUUACCGGACAAACUGAAACUUAAAACUUGGAAUUAUAAACACUUAUUUGCACAAUUAAAAUGUAUUCUGUAAAUUUAGCUUUCAAUUAAAACUCUGUGAGAUAUGGAA